UAUACCCACAACCUAUAUAUAAGAAACUAGCUAGCUAGAGUACUAAUUAAUCAGCAAAACAUAAACGUCUAUAAAAUGGCUGCACGAUCAGGAACCGGGCGGUUUCCGACCGUUGACAAAUGCUCGUCCGACGGCCGCGAAAAGCACACGGUCGUGGCCGACCUUGACGGAACGCUGCUCUGCGGCCGCAGCUCCUUCCCCUACUUCGCGCUGGUCGCGUUCGAGGUGGGCGGCAUACUGAGGCUCCUCUUCCUCCUACUGCUAACCCCGCUCGCGGGAGCCCUCUACUACUUCGUCUCGGAGUCGGCGGGCAUCAAGGUGCUGAUAUUCGCGACCUUGUCGGGCAUGAAAGCCGCGGACGUGGAGUCCGUCGCCCGGGCGGUUCUGCCCAAGUUUUACUCGAUGGAUCUGCACCCGGAGUCGUNUCUGCAAGAAAUUAUUUACUUGCAGGAGGGUUACGUGGUUCCGGCCGAUCCUCAACUCGAGCCGGUCAACAGAGAGCAGCUCCCCAAACCCAUCGUAUUUCACGACGGCCGCCUUGUUCAGAAGCCAACCCCACUCCUCUCCCUCCUCAUAAUCCUCUGGAUCCCCAUC